AUGACGAGCAUCUAUGUGUGGGUGCGCACCGUCCGUUCCCUCCAAUUCUUUCUUCCCUCUCUCGACGCUGACUCGGAUUGUUUCGCAGUAUUUCUUGAAAUUUGCUCCGAAGUGAUCGGAAUGCUCCCGAAAGCAGAUCAGAUUAGGUCAGAUUUCCAAUUAUCUCUCCUCAUAACCGUUACCUUUUUUCAGUUUCGACGAGUUCGGAGCCUUGUGCAACGAGCGAAUUGCGGAGAAUCAUUUAGAAGCGAUAUUCCAGAAUUCUGUGGAAAGUGGCAAAGUGAGAAGCGGACUUGAGAAAGUAGUAAACUGAACGAAUUCAGGGGAAUGCACGGAUUAGGAUGCUCGCUUAUUCUCUCUUAUUCGCCGGAUUACAAUUGAGAACGAAGGAUUUGGGGACGGCGACGCAUUCGGAGAUCCUUCUCAACAGGCUCUCAAAAUACUUCGGCAAGUUUUAUGCUUUUUCUCAAAUCUCACUUCCUAUUUUGCAGGUCCCAUUUUCAAACUUCUGUUCCAAUUAGACGUUGGCAAACGUCUCCAAGACAGAGAAAUCGUGCACGCAAUCGGAAAUGGCCAGGUGAGGAUGAUGGCUUCCGCCGCUGUCUCGUUUCCCCGAGUGGGCGGAGCAUGCGCGCGUGUGUAGCAUAGCGGGCGGCGGAACCCGCGAGGUGUCGGCUGCAGCCAAUAGACGUAAAUCGGCGUCUCGCUGUCUUCGGCGAGACCAUACUAUACAGAAUCAUUUCUGCAGUAUGUAUCUCGUAAUUCCCAUCAAAUUGGUAGAGAUGCCAUCCGCGAUGAGUGGGAGACGGGCGGGCCGCGAGCGUGAAGCAGCUUUUCGGAGCUUGAUGACCGCACGGAGCCGAUCUAUUUUGGUGCCGUAGUGGCCCGCUCUUCUGAGCGGAUAUAAAAUCGAGAGUCAAAAUAAAAGUGCAACGUCAGGGCUACGAGUUUCUGGAUGGAUUACUCGAAGGCACGACAAAACAUAGACAAGGGAACUCGAAUCAGCACGGUGUCCGUCCACUCUCACACAUUAUUCCGUCGAUUCUGGAGAAGGCGAAUAGCAUUUCCCUGCCUUUUCUCUGCAAUGAAAUACGGAGACAUCUCAUCAGAGACCCGUAUCACAUCGAUGAAUUCGCCUCUGAAAAGUCGAACAGUGUAUUUUCCACGACGAGAAGAACGACGUUGGCGCAUAACAGCAGAAGAGUCGUUCGAUUUCACUAUAUUAACAAGAUUGAGGUUGGCAAGAACGGAUGGCUCUUUCGGUAAAUAAAAAGGGAUUCAGGUGUUGCGUAAGGACGAAUUUGCGAAUGUUCAUCUCCGAAUUUGCAAUGACAAACCGAAAGCGUCGUUCGUUUUCGCUCCUUUGAGGUAACGAAAUGAACUGGAGACAAACUGUGAAAUGUGAGCAUUUCAGAUGUGAAACUGUAUUUUUGGAAAGUUUGACGUACUGUAAAUGGAUUGUAUUGGGGGCUGUUCGGGGAAUUGUCAUAGUGAAGAAUUGCGUGGGAACUCGAAUAUCGGCUUCCUGUGAUCAAAUAAUCGUUAUGAAUUCGCGGAACCUGGAAAUUCAUUCGAUGUCGCUGAAGAAGCCGAUCAUACACAACAGUUCCUCGAUCACUUUUGCACCUUUAAAUACCAUUUACGAAGUAUUUUCACUAGACAUUUGAAUUAUCUGUAACUGAGUUCGUUUUCAGGGUCAAACAUCUUUUCUUGAAGAAAACGGGCACUCUUUCGACAACAAUUUGAUACUGAAAGAGCCCAUAAAUGUGAGAGUCUCGCACUAGUUCCAGAUGAAUUUUACGGUUUUUCAGUUCGGAGAAACCUCGUGGAAACUGAUGGACACCUCCCGAUUUGUCUGUCAGCGCACUCCUUUGCACUCAACUGAUAAGAACUCGGAAGUGAGUCCGAAGUGUGACUUCGAGUUCAACGGUUUCUUUUUUCAGACGCUAACGGCUUCUCUCCCUGAACUUUAUCGCCUUGCACACUAUCGAAAUACUGCGGAAGGACGCAAAUGGCUUUCCGAUAACAAUCGUCGAACGAACGACGUUGUUUCGCAUUCCGACCUCUUGUACCUUAAGUCGAAAAUAGAAAAAAGGCAGGAAGAGGAAGGAGAGGCAUUCGAGUGA